CACAGUUAGAGCAUUUCAGUUGAAUUUGAGUUGAAACAUCUCAAGUAGCUCUUUGCCGCGGAAAUUUAGGUUAAGACGAUUGCCGUGUCCAAACAAUAUGAAGGUGAGAAGAGAAUCAACUUUUUCUCUGGUUUUGCAGUAUGAAGAAGCCAAAAAUUUAUUGGCUCUACAUUUCUUUCUUGGUAUUGCUAUGUAGCAUCACAGGAAUCAGUCAUAAGUUACUGAAGGAGCCACUUUUUCAAAAAUCUUGCAAUUUUUUUUGUGACACCGACAAUAGUCAAAACUCAUACAAUUCUUCUGAAUCAUCUCAAAGUGUUAAAGUUGAAUUUUCUUCUCAAGUCAUUGAUAAUGAAUACAUCGUAGUUUUUAAGGGUUACUAUGAAAAGGAGACUCGUGAAAAGUACAUAAAAAGUGCUCUUACUCAUUCUGGAUUAAAAGAUUGGGAAAUUUUAUCAAGAAAUAAUUUUGCUACCAAAUAUCCAAGUGAUUUUGAUAUUGUUAGAAUCAAAGAAUUCCAUAAGAAAACUGGUUUUGAUGCUUUAAGGAAUCACCCUUUGGUUCACAGAGUAACUCUACAUAAAGUUUUAUAUAGAACCUUAAAGUAUUCAAAUGAUGAAAAUUGGAAUCUGCCAGAAAACCAAAGAUUUACAAAGAAAACUAUUAACAUCGAAAAUUCAUUCUCACAAAAUCGCCAAUAUGGAUUCAGGAAAAUAUUACGUGCUAUUCCUAAACAAAUCACAAACAUAUUACAAGCUGAACAACUCUGGAAACUGGGUGUUACUGGUCAAGGUGUCAAGGUAGCGAUAUUUGACACAGGAUUGGCUGCAAGUCAUCCACAUUUCAAAAAAAUUAAAGAACGUACCAAUUGGACCAACGAAAAAACUCUUGAAGAUGGAUUGGGUCAUGGGACUUUUGUAGCAGGAGUGAUUGCAUCUUCUUCCAAGGAAUGUCUAGGCUUUGCUCCAGAUGCUGAACUUUACAUAUUUCGCGUGUUCACCAAUGAUCAAGUUUCAUACACUUCCUGGUUUCUUGACGCAUUUAAUUAUGCAAUACUUACAAAAAUGACAGUCCUGAACCUCAGUAUAGGAGGACCUGAUUUUAUGGAUCAGCCUUUUGUUGACAAAGUUUGGGAACUUACUGCUAAUGGUGUUAUCAUGGUUUCUGCAAUUGGCAAUGAUGGACCCCUUUAUGGUACACUAAAUAAUCCUGCUGAUCAAAUGGACGUGAUUGGUGUUGGUGGUAUAAAUUGGGAAGAUCAAAUUGCAAAGUUUUCUUCUCGUGGAAUGACUACAUGGGAAUUGCCUGCAGGAUAUGGAAGGUUGAAACCAGAUCUUGUUACAUAUGGGUCUGGAGUUCGUGGGUCCGCUUUAAAGAGUAGUUGUAGAACGCUAUCUGGCACUUCUGUUGCAAGCCCAGUCGUUGCUGGAGCGGUAGCUUUAUUGGCUAGUGGCUUUAUUAAUGUGAAUGAUUCGAUGAAUUUAAAACCAAAGAUAACUCCAGCAAGUAUGAAGCAAGCACUUAUAAGCUCAGCAUAUCGCCUACCUCGCAUCGGCAUGUUUGAACAAGGAGCUGGUCGUUUAGAUCUUGUUGCAGCAUUCCAAUACUUACAGUCUUACACACCAGUCGCCACUCUGAGUCCAAGUUACAUAGAUUUAACGGAAAUUCAGUACAUGUGGCCAUAUUGUACACAGGCGAUAUAUUAUUCUGGUAUGCCAAUUAUUGUUAAUGUCACCAUAUUAAAUGGAUUGGGUGUUUCUGGACGUGUUACCGAGUUAACUUGGCAUCCAUACACUCAGUCUAAUGGCGAACACAUUGACGUUUCCUUGACGCAUUCAGACAUUUUGUGGCCUUGGUCAGGCUGGUUAGCAGUAGCAGUUACCGUACCAGCGUCUUCAAAAAACUGGGAAGGCAUAUCCCAAGGCUUAAUAACACUAACGGUAGAAUCUCCUCCCGGAUAUGGAGAGAAAGAAGCCAGACGCUCGAAAAUUCAGUUACCAGUGAAAGCCAAAAUUAUACCUACACCUCCUCGACAUAAGCGAAUAUUGUGGGACCAGUACCAUAACUUGAGGUAUCCUCCUGGGUAUUUACCGCGGGAUGAUUUAAAAGCCAAAAAAGAUCCCCUUGACUGGAAUGGAGAUCAUAUACAUACAAAUUUCAAAGAUAUGUACCAGCAUUUGCGCAAUGCUGGUUACUACGUGGAAGUGUUGGGAACACCCUUUACAUGUUUCGAUGCUCGCAACUAUGGAACUCUCUUGCUUGUAGAUGCCGAGGAAGAAUACUUUCCAGACGAGAUAACAAAAUUAAAAAAAGAUGUAGAAGAGGAAGGACUGGCUCUAGUGGUGUUUGCGGAUUGGUAUAACACAACAGUAAUGCGCAAGGUAAAGUUUUACGAUGAAAAUACUCGGCAGUGGUGGGUACCGGAUACAGGAGGAGCAAACGUUCCAGCCUUAAACGAUUUGCUAUAUGAUAGCUGGGGCAUCGCUCUUGGUGACAGUGUUAGAGAUGGUCAGUUUACUUUAGGACAGCACCCUACCGUCACUUACGCAUCUGGCACUAUUAUUACCCACUUUCCUAAAAAAGGUUUCAUCAUGCAUGCAGAAUUGCGAGACCAAGGCCAAGAAUUACUAAAAGAAACUGAAGAGAAAAAAUCUUUGUAUGUGCCGAUUCUCGGAUUCCUUCAAGUUGGUGAUUCCGGAAGCGUUGAUAAGGAACGAAAAGUAACCAGAUCCAACAAUACCGGUCGCAUUGUUAUUUAUGGAGAUUCAAACUGCAUUGAUGACAAUCACCCCCAUAAGCCAUGUUUUUGGAUGUUGGAUGCUUUUUUGGAAUUCGCCACAACUGGAAAAAUACCGUCAGUGUUUGCGGAAGAAGAAGAUCGCAUUAAAGGAAAAAAAAAUUUCAUUAAUUUAGAUUUGGUUGAGUUUCCCAAGCGAAUGAUUGACAGUAAUUUAAAUCGUCAUAGCAAAGUGCUGGAACUUUCAGGCUCAACCAAACGUCCUCUUCCUUCUUGUCCUAUUUCGGUGCCGGCGACACGUGCAUCAUUAAAUCAAUCUGCUCCAGAAACCUUGUACAAAACCCAAAAAUUGCCAUCAUCAGGAAAUUCAUUAUUAGUGGCAGUUCCAACAUUUCAAGAUUCAGAUCCACUUUGGAAUCAUAAGCGAAACAAAAUAAAAAUCGUUACUAUAAUUCCUUACGACAAAAUCAUCAACCAACACGACAAUGAUAGUGAAGAUAGUUUAUAUCAGAAGAAAUUUGGUUAUUUAAGUUACAUAUGUAUUGUAAUGAUACUAGUUGCACUCAUUUUAGUAAUUAAUAAGUGGCAUUGCUGUACAGCAAUAAAUCGACUCAGACGUAACAGAACAAUUGGUAGAUUACAAAGAGUGAUGCAAGUAAUUACGAUACGAGUGCCUAAAAUAUAACGAUAAAAUAUUUUUCCAAAAACUUGAAUGGACCCAUAACAAUCCUUAAUACUCCGUGGUAGUGAAAUGGAAGUACUGUUACGUUAAAAUGCUUAAAGCUAAUUUCGAUAAUGAUUGUGCCAAAGCAUAAAAUAGUGCACUAAAAAAAAAUUAUAGCCA